AUGAACGCAUCAAACCAUCAACAGUGCCUGCUGCUCUCUCACUACUGCGGACACGCACAAAGCACCGUACUUUCCGUGACGCACGAUUUGUUCUCCCACCUAUUGAUCACCUCUGCAUGCCCAAUCGAAUGUCCAAACUCUUCGAGACAAUCGAAGGCCCUACAUGGGUCCGGCUGUCCUGAAAUUUGUGUUAACCUCGGUGGGCAAUCCACAAACCAAGAACACAACGGAUUCCGCCACGUGAUGACCUGA